AUGAAACUAAAGAGAUUCAAAACACCUUCUAAAGAAGACUUAGCAAAAGCAUCCAUAGCAUGCGUUCGAACCAUUCUGCCACUCCAUUGGGCAGCUUGGGAAACCAGUGCUGAGCCAAUGAGAGCCAUUGGACAUGCCACAAGCCAGGAAGAACGUGACGAAGUGAUCAAAGCAUGGAAAGAAAUGACCCUCAAUCAACUAUCUAACGUCGAACUCAUCGGCGCCAUCCUGUCGGCCGUUAUUGUCGGCGCGUUUUCCUGGCCCAUACUACCUACAACCUCCACGACACUAGCAAUAAUCCAGGGCAUGUGGUUCUCAAGCCUGUCGUUUGCCGUAGCGGCCGUCGCUAUAGCCCUCCACCAGAGCGUGUUCCUCGCAAGAGUCGCAUGCAUGCCCCGAUUCAACGUAAUAAUUGUGGAGCUUUUAACCUACGAUUCAUACGAUGGAUUGCGCCAACCCCGGCAGGAACAGGUGCUUAUCUGGCUGCUCGCAGUCGGACUGCUUGAAUGGAGCAUCGGCUUAUGGAUUGGUGGAUAUGUUGUGUUCCUGUGGGACGUAACAAAGAUGAGGCAGCAGGACCAAUAG